AAGGGGAUUGAUCACUCGCAAUGUUAAGGCUUCAGUUGAUUUGUUCCAUCGAAAAUUUGGGCUGAAGUUUGUUCCAGCAUUGAGCAGGGAAUUCCGUCCGUAUAAACCUAACCCAGCUCCUUUGUUGCACAUCUGCUCAUCUUGGGGUAUUCCACCUAAUGAAGUUAUGAUGAUAGGUGAUAGUCUCCGGGAUGAUGUGACUUGUGGAAAGCAAGCUGGGGCCUUUACAUGUUUGCUUGAUGAAAAUGGAAGGUAUGGCCCAAUUGAUUCUUUAUCGAAAGAUCUACAGCCUGAUUUUCAGGUCUCUUCUCUUUCUGAAGUGCAAUCUUUACUGGAUAUAAAUUUUGAGUUGCUGCCACAUCCUCAAACCUCUUUAUAGCUCGAGAAAAUAAAAUUUGCAAUUUGAUCUCAGUUAAUCUUCCUGAGGGUAGAUUCCGUUUAUCUUUUACCAUCUGCUGUAAUGCUUUUAGUUGGCUGAAAUGGUAGAUUUCUAGCCGUUGGUAGAAGUGGAGAAAGCUCAGAUGUCUGAAUGGUGUGGUUAUAGGGUGAAUAUUUUAUGAUUGUUUGAGUUGCAGAAACUUUGUAGAGGUGGAUUCUGAAAGAAAAUUAUUUUCAUUUGAAAGUACAAAGCUGUAUGUCACAGGACAGAAAUAAUCAAAUGUCGUAUUGUGUUUCUUUUCA